AUGUUCAACACCAACAAGGUCACCACCGAGCGCUCGAGCGCCUCCUCCGGCUCCUCCAGCUCCCCCAUCUCGGCGGGCUUUAGCUCGCCCACCACCCCCGCGGGCCCAUUGAGCUCGUUCACCACCCCCUCUACCCUCGCCUCGCCCAUCCCGUCGCUGGUGCCCAGUGCCUCCACCAGCGCCUCGACCUCCGGGGGUCCUAGCAGUCGCUCCGGGGCCUCAACGGUCCCGUCGUACGUCACGCCGACGUCGGGGCCAGGCAGUCUCGUGGGUAUGGCGAUCCGCGCCUUCCCACGCACCAACUGGGACGGCGUGAUUUUCGACGGGGACUCCACCGACCCCCGUGACCAGACGGAGUGGGCCGGCCGCGAGGCGAGCAAGCGGUGGGCGGCAGCUCUGGAGGCCGGCAACCUCGGUGACUUGGACACGGUUGACUUUGGGGUCGCCGUAUUUGACCACGUCUGCGAGCCGUGA